CCUGCAAAUUACUGGUGUGUUUUUUUUAACAAAAAAAAUCCCUAGAAAGUAGGGAGAGAAAAAAAUGAACAUGGAAGUAGAUUUAGAGGACUGUGAUUAUGCCAAUCGCCUCUGAGUUCGUGCCAGACGUUGUCUUAGUAUCGGCUGGCUUUGAUGCUGUGGAAGGCCACGACCCUCCUCUAGGCGGGUACAAAGUGACAGCUAAAUGUUUUGGUCACCUCAUCAAACAGUUGUUGACGCUAGCAGGUGGUCGCAUGGUGCUGGCCCUGGAGGGAGGACAUGACCUUACUGCCAUCUGUGAUGCAUCUGAGGCCUGUCUAAAUGCUCUACUCGGAAAUGAGCUGGAACCCCUCUCUGACAAUAUUCUCCAUCAAACCCCUAAUGUAAAUGCGAUGGCUUCUUUGCAAAAGACCACUGAAAUUCACAGCAAGUACUGGAAGUCUGUGAAGACUUAUGCUGUGCCAGUUAGUUGUAAGCUGGCUGAGACUCAGAAACAAGAGAAAGAGGAGACAGAGGCAGUCUCAGCUAUGGCCUUACUCUCAGUGGAUGUUGAGCAGUCUUUUCCACGAGAACAUGGCAGAGCUGUUGGCGAGCCCAUGGAAGAAGAGCCAGCUUUGUGA